AACAGCCGCGGAUCACUGUUGACAGGCUGAGGAGCGGCUCGGAUCUCCGUGUUGCCUCUCUGAAGAAAUUACACUUGACUUGGUGUUUUUCCGGGAUCUUUUUUUUUGUCCUUCUGCAGCCCGACAUGGACACACGUGGACAGCGAAGAUUCAAGUCCCUGCUCUUAAUGUACCUCUUUGUCGUGAAGGCAGCAGGUGACUGUCUGAAACCUGAGAGAAGAAAGAAUAUUGUCUUAACUGAUAAUUCACUCCUAAUGAACGAUUUCCCAGAAAACGUCGAGAUCACUUUAGAGUGCUCUGAUGGAUAUAUCAAAGAAAGCGGCUCUGAGGUUAUAACGUGCGUUAAUAACGAAUGGACUAAAUCAGAUCUCGUCUGCAAGAAGAAGGACUGUGGUCAGCCUCCACCUGUGGAACAUAUGAAUUUUGAUACAAGUAGCGGUACUCUGUAUGGGGCUGUACUAAAAGUAACUUGUGACAAAGGUUACCAGAUUAGUGGGACGAGCUACAAGCGUUGCUUUGCUUUAGGGUGGAGUGGCAAAGCGAAAUGUGAAAUCGUAUCAUGUGACACACCUCCUGAAAUAGCCAAUGGCAUGAAAAAUUGGACUUCUAAAGAUGACCCAGAAUUUGGAAAGACCAUAAAGUACACCUGUAAUACAGGAUACAGUCUCAUUGGGAACAGUACCAUUAUGUGCACCGAAACUGGUGAAUACAGUUCUCUUCCCCCUGAAUGCAAAGAAGUGAGAACAACAGUACCGGCUCCUACAUCUCAGUCACAAGUAGCUUGGACAGCAACAGUACCCCCUUCUCCUGCUGCACCCACGGUUCACGGAGCUAAAACGAACAGAGCCAGUACAACAACAAUUCUCUCAACUUUACCACAAGGUUUCAGAGGCAGUUUGACAGCUGAAGCAAAAGCUGCUACACCCACUGUUACAUCAGCCACAUCAUCUUCCUUUCAAGACAUGGAUGAUGGUGUUGUAGUUACUGGCAAUUAUAUUGUGCUUGUUGCAGUCAGUGUCACAGUUGUUUUAGGAGCAGUAACAAUUUUAGUUUGCAUAUGGCUCAAGUUCAGCUUGAGAAGAAAAGGCUCAUAUGACACCAAAGAAGACCAGAAGCCGGGAUUAUUACACUUCCAAAAUCUUUAGAUUGGCUGCCUCACCCAGCUGUAGUGGAAUUGCACCGAUCUGAUAAAGACCUGAGGAUGUAGCAGUGCCUUUCUGAGCUGAUGGGGAAAAGACUGUUGCUGCACUUCAAAUGGCAGAUAAUCAGUUCAGCUCAGCAGUAUAAUGUUACAUAAUUUAAGCAUCAAACUGAUGGACAGAAUCACUUUUUUAAGAAUACAUUUAAUUUUUAUAUUAUUUUAUAACAAAUUUGUAAAUAUUUUAUUACACUUUAUUGUGACUGCUUGUAUACUAUUUAUGUCACACACUAGAAUAAACAUAUUAACAUUG